AUGCUUCUCCUGAUGCUCUGCAUAAGUUAUGGCGGCUCAUUCACUGACCAUUACCAACUCAAUGAAGCUGUCAGAAAACAGUUCACAAGGUCUGCUGCUGCGUCCAAACUGAAGCUCCUGCAGUCAGACGGCUGGCUGGACGGACAUACUGUCUCUCUCCACUUCACCUUGUUCAGCCCUGCACCAAACCUGUUCACCAGUGUGACCCUGCAGACUGAGCAGAGCCCCCCCGCUGGCCUGCUGCCCUCUGCCAGGGUCCAGUCCAGGCUCCUCUUCCUCGUCCUGUCUCUGCUGCAACUCCGUCGUCAAGUGUACGCUGUAGGGGAGCAAGGGCUGAUGGGAUACUGGAGGACUCCCUGCAACUGGCUGGAAGUCAGUUUGCUGACUGUGUCUUUAGUGUACUAUAUUUAUUACAUCUAUCGCUCCGUUAUCGUCCUGGAGGUUGUGGAGCUGCUGCACAAACACAGCUACAGAGGGCAUGUGGAUGUCAGCCUCCUGGCAACAUGGGAACAACGUAUUCGAUCUCUGCGUGGCGUUACGCUCUUCCUCCUCACCAUGAAGUGUGUCACCGUGCUGAGAGUGAACUCCUCCGACUCACUCCUCACCCGCUCACUCUGCAGCCUCCUCUGGCCAACGAUUUCCUGUGUUAUCCUGAUGGUGGCGCUGUCCUGCGCGGGGAACCUCCUCUUUGUGCAAAGCUCCUGGUCUUUCAGCUCACUUCCCCGCUCCUUUCAGACGCUGCUCGGUCACUGCUGGGGUCUCCGGGCCCUCAGGGGCCUCCACCGCUCUGAGAGGGAUCUCCUUUACCGUGGACUCCUCUUUCUGUCCUCUGUGCUUCGGACAGCAGUGGUAUACUUUAUAAUAUAA